AUGAUCCAUGUUAUCCUCCUGAGGAUCACUUCGAGCGCCAAGAGCCUGUGCUCAAAGUUAAGGGUGCCCGAUGCCUCCCCAACUGAAACGCAUCAUUCCGCUUACCGCCGUAAUUUUUCGAGUCUGGUCUCGGUUGCCAGGACGUCAAGUCUGCCCAUUUCUUCUCAUUCCCUCAUCCCACCUCCGACCAUCAUCACCCCGUUUCAAUCCCGAGCCAUCCACCUGUGUAUAUACCAGAAGUUUUACUCCCUACCCCCUUACAAAAUGAUUUUGAACCAAGUAGCACUCCUCAUGUCGAUUGCCAUUUUCGCCACCGCAAUGGCCGCUGAACCAGCAGGAAAUACCCCUGACCCCUCCAAAGCCGACCCCUCCAAAGCCGACCCCUCCAAAGUCGGACCUUCCAUCGACGUAAAGUCCGAUGCCAAGGCUUCUGGACCAUCUGGCGGGGACCUUAAAGGAAUCGACUCUAAAGGCGCGGAAUGCACAUGUCCCCCACCAAAUCCGACAGAAUCUGUCAAGAGCCCCGAGAGCGAAACCCCUAAGCCCCCGGAAGAAGGCGAGAAAACCAAUGCCGCGAGCACCAGUAUGCUUGGCUUGCUCUCCCAACAAGCUCAACUUUAUCUGGGUACAAGCCUUCUCGCGAUCCUUGCAGCGAUUUAUGUCUAG